ACGUCACCUUUCGUGCCGAGCUUCGGCUCGACCAAUGACAGAGCGCCUCUCACUCAGCUGAUUCAGAUAGGUAAUGGUUCGUGUAGUUGCACGCGCCGACUGCAGUAUGGCCACGCGUGUACGACCGAGCAGCAAGAGGUGUGCAGUCAUCGGGGGCUCUGGUUUCUUGGGCAGACACUUGGUGGAGAAGCUGCUGGAUCGAGGUUACUCUGUCUCUGUGUUUGACAUCCGACAGAGCUACGAGCUGCCUGGUGUCACCUUCCACCAGGGAGACCUCUGCGACAAACAGGCUCUGCUGCCAGCUCUGAAGGACGUGUCCCUGGUGUUUCACUGCGCCUCCCCAGCCCCUGCCAGCGAUGACCGCAGGCUGUUUGAGCGGGUCAACAUUCAGGGCACACGCACUGUUAUUCAGGCCUGCGUUGAGUCUGGAGUACAGAAAUUGGUCCUGACAAGCAGUGCCAGCGUGGUGUUUGAAGGGACAGACAUUAAGAAUGGAAAAGAGGAUUUACCGUACGCCAAGAAACCCAUCGACUAUUACACGCAGACCAAGAUCGAGCAAGAAAAGUUGGUCCUCGAGGCUUGUGACAAGGAGAAGGGUUUCCUCACAGUUGCCAUCCGGCCUCAUGGCAUCUUUGGCCCUCGGGAUCCACAGCUGGUUCCUAUCCUAGUGGACACGGCUCGCAGGGGCAAGAUGAAGUUCAUCAUUGGUGAUGGGACCAAUUUGGUGGAUUUCACCUUUGUGGAGAAUGUAGUUCAUGGCCACAUCCUGGCUGCUGAACGCCUGAGGUCAGACUCUCCCUCAUGUGGAAAACCGUACCACAUCACCAACGACGAGCCGAUUCGUUUCUGGGACUUUAUGUCUGAGGUGUUGGUGGGUCUUGGAUACGCUGCUCCUCGCUACCACCUCCCCUACACUCUUGUGUACACACUCGCUCUGCUCCUCUGGCUGCUGGCCCUGAUCCUGCGCCCUCUAAUGUCCUUUAAACCCACCUUUACACCAAUGAGAGUGGCCCUGGCUGGAACCCACCACUACUACAGCUGUGACCGCGCCAAGCAGGACUUAGGCUACAAACCUGUAGUCAGCCUGAAGGAGGGGAUAGCACGCACAGUGCAGAGCUACCCUCAUCUCAAACAAGGGGCUUGAUGGUCAAAUGGAGGUGGAUACUGAUGAGACCUGUAUGUAGAUGAGGUCGAGCUGAACGGAUGAUUUAAAAUGAGGGAACAGACAGUUUGUUUAUCCAGCAUUUGUGUGCCUUUUUCUACAUCUGUGUACCAUUUUCAUCAGCAGAUGGCAGCAGAUGCUUGAAGCCACUUAAAGCACUUACUACAUGUUAUCACAGACUUACACUGUGACAAAUGCAAAGACGUAGAAAUAUUCUUGUUUAAUAUUCAUGUGUUUUGACCCGUGCGCUUGUACACACAUUGAGUUGCUGCUGUCACAAUACAUUCCACUAAAUGAACCAAACUUGCAUACUUUUAGGGUCUUAUUUAGUCUUCUGCCUCAAAUGAAGAGAAACUUUGAUGCUCCAGCGAUACUUUAGACAAUAGUGUGCAUCUAACUUGUGUCUACAGGUUCGGUUAGGUCCUUUUUUGUUUCAACAGAAUAAUACCUCUGUUUCCAACAUUAGACGCAAAACGAAAUGAUUUUCUGGGUGUUGUGUUGAAGACUGGCAUGUCCCUGUACACUGCAAAUGUUGCUGUAAUUCUCCCUCCUGUCCAUACUGACACACGUACAAUUAUUAAUAAAUGGUAAACUGAUUAAUUAAUUAAGUUUAAUAGAUAUUAUACUGUUAAACAAUAAAAUGAUAAUGUUUACUUAUUAUUAGUGAUGCU